CUCAUUUUUGAGCAUCUCCUGGUAGUACCAUCAAAAAUGUCUUGCUUACGUGGGAAAGUCCAGACUGUUCUGGGCCUCGUGGAGCCAAGCAAACUGGGCCGUACCCUUACCCAUGAACAUUUGACAAUGACCUUUGACUGCUGUUUCUACCCACCUCCUCCAUGCCAUGAAGCUAUCUCUAAGGAACCUAUCAUGAUGAAAAAUUUAUUUUGGAUUCAGAGAAACCCUUAUUCCCAUAAAGAGAACCUACAGUUGAAUCAAGAGACAGAAGCCAUAAAGGAAGAAUUGUUGUAUUUUAAAGCUCAGGGUGGAGGAGCUUUGGUAGAGAACACGACCUCUGGAAUUAGCCGAGAUGUGCAGACAUUGAAGUGGCUUGCCGAAGAGACUGGUGUCCAUAUCAUAUCUGGAGCUGGGUUUUAUGUGGAUGCAACUCACUCUUCAGAGACCAGAGCCAUGUCAGUGGAACAGCUUACUGAUGUCCUUAUUCAUGAAAUUCUGCAUGGAGCUGAUGGAACCGGUAUCAAGUGUGGUGUUAUUGGUGAAAUUGGCUGCUCCUGGCCUUUGACUGACAGUGAAAGAAAGGUUCUUCAGGCAACGGCUCAUGCCCAGGCUCAGCUUGGCUGUCCUGUUAUUAUCCAUCCUGGACGGAAUCCAAGUGCACCAUUUCAAAUUAUCCGAGUAUUGCAAGAAGCAGGUGCAGACAUCUCCAAAACAGUUAUGUCACACCUUGAUAGGACUGUACUUGAUAAGAAAGAGCUACUGGAGUUUGCUCAACUUGGCUGUUACUUGGAAUUUGAUCUCUUUGGUACCCAGCUCCUUCAUUACCAGUUCAAUCCGGAUAUUGACAUGCCUGAUGAUAACAAAAGAAUUAGAAGGGUGCGUCUCCUGGUGGCUGAGGGCUAUGAAGAUCGAAUUCUGAUGGCACAUGACAUACACACAAAGCAUCGGCUGAUGAAAUAUGGAGGUCACGGCUAUUCUCAUAUUCUCACCAACAUUGUCCCUAAAAUGUUACUUAGAGGUAUAACUGAGAAUGUACUUGAUAAGAUACUAAUAGAGAACCCUAAGCAAUGGCUAACUUUCAAAUAGGAUGGUUGUUUAUGAAUUCACACCUUGAGCAUCAAACUUGCCAGGAACAUUCGGUGCUUUUAGACCCACUGUGAGUCAUUCAUUAGAGCUACAUAGCACUAAUGACUGAUCAUGUCCUUCUUAUGAGAACCAGAAGAGUUUGCCUUCUCCGAAACUGGCUGACUUAAAUCUGCACUUCUAGGGAGCUACUGAGCCUGAGCCCUAUUGUUUUGCCUUAACAAAAUAAAUACAGAAAAGUAUUUCCAAACAAUGAUUCAAUGUCUAUGUCCCCCAAGUGGAGUUUUUGUUUUUGUUUCCCCCCCCUAAUUUAUCAGCUGCACUACUUGAGAAAUUUAAAGUGCUUCUAGUUAAAUUAUCCCCUUCUGGAGCAAUCUAAUGUUUCUUGUAAUAUUGAUGAUUCUACUAAUCAUCCUGCUGUUCUUUAAUUAAUGCUUAAAUGAAUAAUAUGGCACUUUAAACUAGCUUCUGCAGCAAAGGAAGUUAAAUUUUGAGACUUUUUUUUUCAAAGGAUACAAUUACCAAUUCACAACAAUAAAAAUAUUUUGGAAGGUUCAUUAUAUGUUUUACGUUAUCCACCUAUCUAUAAAUACUUACAAUAAAUCAGUUUGAUGCUUUUGGUUUUCUGGUACCCA